GCGCCCCGGGGCCGCCCCCCGGCGCAGCUGACGCCGCGGCCCCGCGAGACCCCGCCGGCCCCUGAGGAAGCGCCGCGCCGCCUGCCCAGCGCCCGCGCCGCCCGGCACGAUGGCGGGGAAGGCGGCCGCCCCGGGCACGGCGGUCCUGCUGGUCACGGCCAACGUGGGCUCGCUCUUCGACGACCCCGAAAAUCUACAGAAGAAUUGGCUUCGGGAAUUUUACCAGGUCGUGCACGCGCACAAGCCGCACUUCAUGGCCUUGCACUGUCAGGAGUUCGGAGGGAAGAACUACGAGGCCUCCAUGUCCCACGUGGACAAGUUUGUCAAAGAACUACUGUCGAGUGACGCGAUGAAAGAAUAUAACAGAGCUCGAGUCUACCUGGAUGAAAACUACAAGUCCCAGGAGCAUUUUACGGCACUAGGAAGCUUUUAUUUUCUUCAUGAAUCCUUAAAAAACGUCUACCAGUUUGACUUUAAAGCCAAGAAGUACAAAAAAGUGACCGGCAAAGAGAUCUACUCGGACACGCUGGAGAGCACGCCCAUGCUGGAGAAGGAGAAGUUCCCGCAGGACUACUUCCCCGAGUGCAAAUGGUCGAGAAAAGGCUUCAUCCGGACAAGGUGGUGCAUCGCUGACUGUGCCUUCGACCUGGUGAACAUCCAUCUCUUCCACGAUGCUUCCAAUUUAGUCGCCUGGGAAACAAGCCCUUCCGUGUACUCGGGCAUCCGGCACAAGGCUCUGGGCUAUGUGUUGGACAGGAUCAUCGAUCAGCGGUUCGAGAAAGCGUCCUACUUUGUGUUCGGCGACUUCAACUUCCGGCUGGACGCCAAGUCUGUCGUGGAGACACUCUGCACCAAGGCCACGAUGCAGACCGUCCGGGCCGCGGACACCAACGAAGUCGUGAAGCUGAUAUUUCGCGAGUCGGACAACGACCGGAAGGUCAUGCUGCAGCUGGAGAAGAAGCUCUUCAGCUACUUCAACCAGGAGGUUUUCCGAGACAACAACGGCACCGCGCUCUUGGAAUUUGACAAAGAGUUGUCCGUCUUUAAGGACAGACUGUACGAACUGGACAUCUCGUUCCCUCCCAGCUACCCGUACAGCGAGGACUCCAGCCGGGCCGCGCAGUACAUGAACACCCGGUGCCCUGCCUGGUGCGACCGCGUCCUCAUGUCCCCGUCUGCGAAGGAGCUGGUGCUGAGGUCGGAGAGCGAGGAGAAGGUUGUCACCUACGACCACAUCGGGCCCAACGUCUGCAUGGGAGACCACAAGCCCGUGUUCCUGGCCUUCCGCAUCACGCCCGGGGCAGGUAAACCUCAUGCACAUGUGCGCAAGUGUUGUGUCGUGCAGUGACGUGGGAGGAGGUGCCAGCACCACGACAGGGUCCUCCGCGAGACCUCCCUGUAGCAGUGACCGCAACGCGUGCUCUCAACAGCUGCAUCGAAACCGCCCGAGCGCCACCUGCUAGAAGGCCGGCCCCACACUUCGCUUCAGCCUCCGGACCAUUCCGGAAAAGCCUCACAUACCUCACUGUCUUGUCUGUUCAUGUGACAUAAGUAGAAAUACUGGGUUUUUAAAAUAAGUCACAGUCCUGUUGCCAAAACUCUAAUAGACAGCAAGGAGAGUCUGUAUCUUAGACUUCACAGUUUCAGCUUGUGUGAUUGUCGGCGGAGGGGCUUCUCCCGCUGGGAGACCCCGCGAGGCCGGCGCCCCUGCCCGGCGCAGGUGUGCCCGGGGCUGGGGGGCGGGGACGGCGCCCUGGCCGACAGGCGGUGUGGCCGCCACGCAGAGUGGGCCGGGGCGCCCGUCCCCUCCGACGCCUCCCCGCGGUAUUUUCUGUGCCACGUCACAUGGUUUCUGAAUCACACUGCAGCUGCUUUCC